GCGUCUUUCUCCCGGAAUGGCGGUGUCUUCCUCUUCCCCUGUGCUCUGUGCAGCGCCGAGGCCGCUGCGGGAGUUUCGCUUCCUGCUUUUCGCCAUGAUGAACAAAUGAACUCACGGGGAAUGAAAUUUAAGUUCCAAAAAGGGGAGAAAGUUCUCUGCUUUGAACCAGACCCGACCAAGGCUAAAGUGUUGUACGAUGCCAAGGUUGUUGAUGUAGUUGUCAGCAAAGAUGACAAAGGCAGAAAAAACCCGGAGUAUCUGAUCCAUUUUAAUGGUUGGAACAGAAGCUGGGAUAGAUGGGCAGCAGAAGACCAUGUUCUUCGUGAUACUGAUGAAAACAGGCGAUUGCAAAGAAAGCUGGCAAGGAAAGCCGUGGCUCGCAUGUAAGGAACCUCUCUAGGAGGAGGAAAGGAAGGAAGAAGAGACGGUGUCGGUUGCCUGGGGUCGACUCUGUUCUAAAAAGUCUUCCAGCUAAUGAAAAAGAAGACAAUGAUGAUCAUUCAGUGAGCAGUUCAUCAGAGGACAGCGAGGAAGGGACGGACGAGGAAAUAAAAAGUGAAGAAAGUGACUUUGAAGAAAAGGCAGAAAUGAAAGAAGAACAAGAAAUUCUCUCGAAACGGGACAUGGAAGAAAAAAGCAUUCUAAUAGAAAUACCGGAGAUUUUAAAAAAGAAGCUUGAAGAAGAUUGCUAUUAUAUAAACAAACGCAAAAGGCUUGUGAAACUGCCUUGUCAGACCAACAUCAUUACCAUUCUGGAAUCGUACGUGAAACACUUUGCAAUAAAUGCAGCAUUUUCAGCAAAUGAAAGAAUUAGGCAUCAUCAGACCACAUCAAAUGUCAACAUGAAUGUACACUAUGUUCCACCUGAGAAAAAUGUGGAACUGUGCAAAGAAAUGGUGGAUGGCUUAAGAAUUACAUUUGACUUCACACUCCCACUGAUACUCCUCUACCCAUAUGAGCAAGCACAAUAUAAGAAGGUGAUCUCAUCCAAAUUUUUUCUUCCUAUUAAAGAAGUCCCAUCUUUUAGUAAUAGAAACCAGGAGGAAGUAUCCCCAAGUCCACCACUGUUAAACCCACCAACUCCUCAGUCAACAGAUAGCCAGCCCACCACUGGAGAGUCCACAACUCCCAAGAGACGGAGAACAGAGCCGGACGUUUUGCAAUCUCUGAGGCGCUCAACACGUCACAGUUCGAGCUGUGAUAGAAUGUCUGAGAGUAGUUCUUCUCCACAACCCAAGCGACGGCAUCCGGAGACGCCAACUUCAAUGCCAAAGCUAUUUCUUCACUUAGAGAAGAAAACGCCUGUUCAUAGUGGCUCAUCAUCACCGAUUACUUUAACUCCCAGCAAAGAAGGAAGUUCUGUGUUUUCUGGACUUGAAGGUCGUCGAAACAAUGAACUCAAUGAGGUGUUGUCUUGGAAACUGAUGCCUGAAAAUUACCCUCAAAGUGACCAGCCACCUCCUCCGUCCUAUAUAUAUGGAUCGCAGCAUUUGCUUCGUUUGUUUGUGAAACUUCCUGAAAUUAUGGGAAAGAUGUUCUUUGCAGAGAAAAACGUGAAGGUUUUGCUCAAGCACUUUGAACUUUUUCUAAGGUUCCUGGCAGAGUAUCAUGAAGACUUCUUUCCAGAGUCGGCAUAUGUGGCCGCCUGUGAGGCGUAUUAUAGCACCAAAAAUCCUCGCGCUAUCUACUGAACCUACCAUUCAGUCUGGUCAUUCAUGAUUCAUUCAUGUUGUGAACUCUUUGGACACCUCAUCAAUUUUGUUGUAUAUUUUAAGAAAGGUUUUUGUGAAUUUGUGAAAUGGACUUAAGAAAUGUAUGUACUGAACAAGCAGAUGAACGGAGAACUCCUGCUGUAUUCUUUCUCAACGCUCUCUAUAAAAGAAACCUGCAGCACGGAUUUUCCACCGGUCACUUCACAACUAUUGUGAAUUUAUUUUAUUUUUUUGAAUUGUCAUGUUGAAUUGUGUUUCUUAAAUAAAUUUUGUGUCGAAAUA